AUGCACGAGGACGAAUUUGGAAAGGAAGCAGCAGACUUUGUCAGGAAACCGCUAUACAUGGAUGACGGAGCAUCAUCGAAGGACCAGAGACAGGAUGUGAAGGACCUGAUCAAGUCAGCUACAGAGCUGUGUGCUAAGAACCACUUCCGUCUUCACAAGUACGUGUCGAACGACAAGGAGGUCCUUGAUUCAAUCCCGCUAUCCGAGAGAGGAACAAACAUCCAAGCCAUCGAUAUCCAUCGUGAUAAACUGCCCAUGGAAAGGACGCUAGGAAUGCAAUGGUGCGUGGAAAGUGACAGCUUCCAAUUCCGAGUUUCCCUACAGGACAAGCCGCUAACCAGGAGAGGAAUCCUGUCAACUGUCUCGUCGAUUUACGAUCCCCUGGGCUUGGUCUCAUCGUUCCUCCUGGGGGGUAAACUGAUCGUGCAGGAACGCUGCAAGAAUGGAGCCAGCUGGGACGACCCUGUUAGUGACGAUAUCAGAGCCAGAUGGGAAAAAUGGAGGAUCGACCUUGAGGAACUUGCUAAGUUGACGAUUUCAAGAGCGUACACAGAGACCCCCCUGAGCAAGAUGAAGGCAAUGGAACUCCACAGCUUCAGCGAUGCGAGUCUCACAGCCUAUGGACAGUGCAGUUACCUUAGAGCCAUCGAUGAGGACGACAGAGUGGAGGCUGCCCUAGUGAUGUCGAAGGCCCGCGUAGCACCCACCAAGGCCAUCACGGUGCCGAGGUUGGAAUUGGGUGCAGCGUUGGUGUCCGUAAAGGUGGGGAAGCUACUGGGGGAAGCCUUAGAGAUCGGUGGUUUGCGCCAGUUCUUUUACACAGAGGGCAUGGUUGUGCUCGGGUACCUGUCCAACGAAUCAAAGCGCUUUCAUAUAUUUGUAGCUAAUCGCGUUCAGGGUAUAAGGAAUUGCACCACCACCGACCAGUGGAGACAUGUGGACACAUCUGAAAACCCCGCGGAUCUUGCCUCCAGAGGGACUAGUGCAAGGGAGCUGAUUGAGAGUGGUCUGUGGUGGUCUGGCCCAGACUUCCUGAAGACAAAGGACCUCCCAGCCCCAGUCAGCUACACGGAGCUCUCACCACAGGACCCCGAGGUCAAAGGAUGUGCUACAGUACUGAAAACCGAGACAAAUGUUGUCAAAGGGAUCGAUUCACAGGACAUGCUAGAAAGAUUCGGCCGAUUCUCGUGUUGGUUCAAGUUGAAAAAGGCGGUAGCUCUCUGCCAACGGUACAUCGAUUGCCUGAAACUAGCAUGCAAGAAGCCAAGAGCCAAACUCCCGGAACCAGCGCGACUUUCGGUAGAGGAGCUGAGGAGAGCGGAGUUAACGAUUGUACGCAUAACCCAGAUCAACGCUUUCCCCGAGGAGAUUAAUACGCUGACAACAACUCAAGGUGAGGGUGACAAACCACGAAGGAUUAGCGCACGGAGCCGUCUGUACUGUCUAGACCCGUUCCUAGAUGGCAAAGAUGGAGUGAUUAGGGUGGGCGGUCGGGUGUGA